ACUUGACAAGCCAGAUGAGUUUCUGUAGUUACCUAUUUUUGUUCUAUCAAUUCGUAAGAUAAUGCAUCAUCUCAAUCUGAUAGGUGUAAAUGAUCAUGUAAUCUAAUAAUAGUAUCGAUGUUUGGCUUUGUUUGGCGACUGGAAUUUUCUAUUGCGGAAAGUUACUGAUCAUGGUACAUUAGAAUCGCCAAACUGAACAGGUGGAUUCAGUACAUUAUUGAAUAUACAUCAGUUCCUUCUGCGCUUUUACAAAUGUAGUUUUGGAAAAUCACACACAAACUAUUCAGUUUCUUACUCCUCAUCAACCGAAUGCAGCUCUGUAAGCUAACCGGAUCAGCUAUUGUUUUCUUUAAGUUCAUUUUUUAGCGCCAAUGGAGCAUGACGUUUGAAGAUAUGGAGGCGCCAAAUCUGUGCCGACCCCCUAUUGGUGAUGCCUCUAAUGGAGCCCCUCUUGGUGACAUCUCUAAUGUUGAUCAUCAUUCCCGAAUGACUCCAGUGCCAAUGCCAGCCUCACACGACCUUACCCCUUAUGGAUCUCACUGCCAAAGGGUAAAUCUUGCUAGCAAUACCAACAUAGCAAGGAAAAAGAAACGAUCAAUGCGAAAAAUGCCAAUUGAUGCCAUCUUAGCGGCAUCUCCACUAUCAAUCAACUCCCCAAAUGGAGUACAGGAACUAUCGCAGACUGCGACAUCUGACCUUAACAUGCCAGAUACGGUUCAUGAUGAUGGAGAACAUAACAGGAACUCAUCAAUAGAAAAAGGGGCAUUCUAAACAGAAAAAGGAGAAAAAAGAAAAGGAAAGCACAUCACUCCCAGCCUAACGGUCAAACGUGUUUAUGAACAUGAUGCAUUGAGGGGACAGUUAAAAGUCACAAAAGGUAAAUGUGUCCCCAGUUUUGAAUGAUUACAUACUUGCUAAAUUACUUCUUCUUAAAGUUGUUACUGCUGCUGCUGAUGGAUCCACUUAAUGAAUUAGACUAACUAUUUGUUUUGGAUUGUACAUGAGCUAUCAUUCUGGUACAUCUACUAAUAUUUUUUUGGUAGCUUUGUUUGUAUGUGAACGUUCUAUACAUGCCAUAUACUAUGAAAGAACAGUAUGUACAUGCCGUAUACUUUUGUUUGUGUCAGACUUU